UAAAACUCAACAAAAAUCAAAUCAAUACUAAUGCUAACAAAAGUAAUUUAUAUCUAACACUGGAAUGACAAUAAUGUUGAUAUCUAUUCUUUAGUUUUAUAUUAGUUUAGAAAGUGAAAAUACGUAACUUAAUUUUAUUUUUUUCUUUAAAAUCUAGUCAUGUAAUUAAUACUUAUUAGCCGUACUUAUUUUAGCAUGACUUAGUACUUUUAGAUUAUGAUCAUUUUCUACAUGCCUCAUAAAUUAGCCUUAUUUAAUGUAGCAUGACUUAGUAUUUUUAGAUUAUGUUCAUUUUAUUUUAUGCAAUUUCAUUAAUUUUUUUCGUUGAAUAUUUUAGUACAAUGUCAUCUCUCAUCUCACAUUUUGUGUUAUUUUCUUAAUAGAUAUCUUAAUUAGAUAGUCGUAUCUUACUAGAACUAAAGAAAUAUUUGAAGUACAAGUUAUAUGUUUUGUAUGAAAACUUUACCGAAAAAAACCCGAAAAAUCCGAGCAACCUGAAAAAAUCGAGAAAACCCAAGGUUGACAAACCCCACUUUUGUUGGUUUGGUUUGCUUUAUAUAUUUAAAAAACCGAUGCAAUUGAUUUGAUUUGAUCUUUAAAAAACUCGAACCAACCCAGUCUAUGUACACUCCUACUUAUGAGUACCUAUAAAAGGAUCAUUAAUGGGCCGGCGAAUCGAAAUAUAAAAAAUCACAACAAACACAUAAUAUAUUCCUAGUCUCCUUUAUCAUGGCUCCUAAUUAUGUGAUGAUGGUAGUACUUGAUCUGAUAACGUUAACGGUGAUAAUUUGCUCUUCACUAUCUUUUGGUGCCAUGCUACCAAGAAUAGCCAAACCUAACUGUAAUGGAAGUUGUGGCAAUAUCAGCAUCCCUUUCCCGUUUGGGAUGACCCAAGAUUGCUUUCUAGAGCGUCAAUUUCUUGUCACUUGUAAUUACUCCUUUCAACCUCCCAAGCUUUUUCUAUGGAAUACCACUAUUGAAAUCACAAGCAUAUCUCUGGCUGGGCAACUUAAGGUCUUACAGUUUAUAUCAAGAGAUUGUUAUCAUGAUGGGAUAAGGGCGCACAGAAACACACCAUGGAUAACAUUAGAAUCAUUGUUCACUGUGAACUCCAUCGCAAAUAAGUUCAUCGCAGUUGGCUAUGACACUUAUGCCAUUGUUCAGGGUUAUUAUAGGAGGUAUAAUUCUAGCAUCAGUCAUUCCUACGUAACAGGAUGCAUGUCCAUGUGCAAUAGUAUUGAGGAUGUUGCUAAUGGCGGUGAGUGCUCUGGGGUUGGUUGCUGCCAGACAUCCAUCCCUAAGGGAGCAUGGAAUGUCACCGUAGCACUAAGCAGCUAUAAUAAUUAUACUCGUGUGACAGGCAGCCCUAGUAAUAGUUGCAGCUAUGCUUUUGUAGUCGAAGAAGCUGCUUUUAGCUUUUCUAAGAAUUACCUCAGUAGUUUGCAGAACAAAAAGGAGCUUCCUCUUGUACUAGAUUGGGCAAUUGGUCAAGAAACAUGUGAAAUGGCUAAGAAAAACUCGACAGCAUAUGCGUGUAAGAGUAACAACAGUGAUUGUCAUGAUAAUUCAAACGGAUAUCGAUGUUCCUGCAUGCAAGGAUAUGAUGGGGAUCCAUACUUGGAAGAUGGUUGCCAAGAUAUCGACGAAUGUAUAGAUCGAAACCAAAUUAUAGGUGUGCUAAAAAUGCCAUUUGCAAGAAUACGAAGGGAACUAUACAUGCACGUGCCCUCCAGUUUCGGUGGUGAUGGUACUGAAUGCAAUCAUGACAAUCCUCAGAGAAAAGUUCGUGAUAAUCUUGCUAUAGGUGUCACAGUAGGGGUUGCUUUUCUGGUUCUUAUAGUUUGUGGUUGUUCAUACACUGGAUUCCAAAGGAGAAAGAUGUUAAUGAUGAAGAAGAAGUUUUUCCAAGAAAAUGGUGGAUUAGUUCUACAGCAACGACUCACAGGGCAAGAGGGAUCAAGUAAUAAUACAACAAAGAUUUUCACAGCCGAAGAGCUAGAAAGGGCAACUAAUGACUUCGACAAAGAUAGAGUUAUUGGUCAAGGAGGUUUUGGAACUGUGUACAAAGGAUAUCUGAAAGACAAUCGCAUCGUUGCCAUCAAGAAGUCUAAAGUAAUUGAUCGCAAUCAGAUUGAACAAUUCAUAAAUGAAGUCAUUGUCCUCUCCCAAAUCAACCAUAGAAAUGUGGUUAAGCUCUUAGGUUGUUGCCUAGAGACAGAAGUUCCACUAUUGGUUUAUGAGUUCAUCAACAAUGGAACACUUUCUGAACAAUUACACGAUAAAGUAAAGGCCUCUACUCUUUCUUUGGACAUUCGUCUGAGAGUUGCUACAGAAACUGCUGGAGUACUUUGUUACUUGCACUCAGCCGCUUACCCUCCUAUCAUCCAUAGAGAUAUCAAGUCUGUCAACAUUCUUUUAGACAAAUCCUACACAGCCAAAGUGUCCGAUUUUGGAGCAUCCAGGUUGGUUCCUGCUGAUCAGACAGAGUUAUCUACAUUGGUUCAAGGAACUCUAGGAUAUCUAGAUCCUGAAUAUUUGCAAACAAAUCAACUAACUGAAAAAAGUGAUGUAUACAGUUUCGGAGUAGUGCUUGCAGAGCUCCUAACUGGUAGAAAAGCUGUAUGUUUUGAUAGACCAGAGGAAGAGAGAAGCCUAGCUAACUAUUUCACAUCUUCAGUGGAGAAGGAUCAUUUGUUUGAUAUUCUAGACGACAAUAUAGUCUGUGAUGAGCGAAAUAGAGGGCAACUGAAAAGUGUUGCGAUGCUUGCACAGAGGUGCUUAAAUGUUAAAGGGGAUGAUAGACCCACAAUGAAGGAAGUUGCAGCAGAAUUGGAAGGUGGAUCGAGAUUGAAGCACUCGUGGGCUCAAACUGAUCAAAAUUCGGAGGAGAUAGAGUCCUUACUGCAGGGUACUGAGCCAUUGGGAUUUGGAUAUGAAUAUAGCGAACAGAGUAUUCAUAUUGAUAGCAUAACGAACCAUAUAACUUUACCACGUCCUGGAGGAAGGUGA